AUGAUGGUGAUAGAGGUUAAAAGUUUACCCAUACGAGAAAAAGGGCCUCGUGCCACAUCCCAUUUCGAGGAAGAAGUGAAAAGCAAUAUACGUCGUACAUUAUGUUUUGAAAAAAAAAAAAAGUCAUUUGGAAACUUUUUCCCCCAGCGAAUUGAAUCAGCAAAAAAGAAAAAAAAAAUUUUUUUUCUUUCUCUCUCUAUACUCUCUCUAUAUAUAUACUCUCUCUCUCUCUCUCUCUCUCUCUCUCAUAAUCUUAUAGUUUUCCGUUCUCUGGCGAUAUCGACGAAGUUACCUCACUUUUCAUUUUCCUUCAGCCCGAAAACAGCACCUGAUGUGAUUAUUGCAAGCGUACAGAAAAAGAUUUGUUACUGCAUUUGUUUUUUGUCUAUCUUAUUCUUUUGCUCUUCUCUCUGCUUCUCUUCCUUUCUCUCUCUCUCUCUCUCCUUGCCAACUUUGCUCUCUCUCUCUCUCUCUCUCUCUCUUGCCAACUUUUGCUCUCUCUCCUCUCUCUCUCUCUGCCAACUUUGCUCUCUCUCUCUCCUUGCCAACUUUGCUCUCUCUCUCUCCUUGCUUGCUUUGCUCUCUCUCUCUCCUUGCCAACUUUGCUCUCUCUCUCUCCUUGCCAACUUUGCUCUCUCUCCUCCUUGCCAAUUUUGCUCUCUCUCCCUCCUUGCCAACUUUGCUCUCUCUCCUCCUUGCCAACUUUGCUCUCUCUCCCUCCUUGCCAACUUUGCUCUCUCUCUCCCUCCUUGCCAACUUUGCUCUCUCUCUCUCCUCCUUGCCAACUUUGCUCUCUCUCUCUCUCCUUGCCAACUUUGCUCUCUCUCUCUCUCUCUCUCUCUCUCUCCUUGCCAACUUCUCUCUCUCUCUCUCUCCUUGCCAACUUUGCUCUCUCUCUCUCUCUCCUUGCCAACUUUACUCUCUCUCUCUCUCUCCUUGCCAACUUUGCUCUCUCUCUCUCUCCUUGCCAACUUUGCUCUCUCUCUCUCUCCUUGCCAACUUUGCUCUCUCUCUCUCUCCUUGCCAACUUUGCUCUCUCUCUCUCCUUGCCAACUUUGCUCUCUCUCUCUCUCCUUGCCAACUUUGCUCUCUCUCUCUCUCCUUGCCAACUUUGCUCUCUCUCUCUCUCCUUGCCAACUUUGCUCUCUCUCUCUCUCCUUGCCAACUGCUCUCUCUCUCUCUCUCCUUGCCAACUUUGCUCUCUCUCUCUCUCCUUGCCAACUUUGCUCUCUCUCUCUCCUUGCCAACUUUGCUCUCUCUCUCUCCUUGCCAACUUUGCUCUCUCUCUCUCUCCUUGCCAACUUUGCUCUCUCUCUCUCUCCUUGCCAACUUUGCUCUCUCUCUCUCCUUGCCAACUGCUCUCUCUCUCUCUCCCAACUUUGCUCUCUCUCUCUCCUUGCCAACUUUGCUCUCUCUCUCUCCUUGCCAACUUUGCUCUCUCUCUCUCCUUGCCAACUUUGCUCUCUCUCUCUCUUUCUUCUUGCCAACUUUGCUCUCUCUCUCUCUUUCUUCUUGCCAACUUUUCUCUCUCUCUCUCUCUCUUCUUACCAACUUUUCUCUCUCUCUCUCUCUCUCUCUCUUUCUUCUUGCCAACUUUUUCUCUCUCUCUAUCUUCUUACCAACUUUUUUCUCUCUCUCUCUCUUCUUACCAACUUUUCUCUCUCUCUCUCUCUCUCUCUAUCUUCUUACCAACUUUUCUCUCUCUAUCUUCUUACCAACUUUUCUCUCUCUAUCUUCUUACCAACUUUUCUCUCUCUAUCUUCUUACCAACUUUUCUCUCUCUAUCUUCUUACCAACUUUUCUCUCUCUCUCUCUUUCUUCUCUCUCUCUUUCUUCUCUCUCUCUUUCUUCUCUCUCUCUUUCUUCUCUCUCUCCAUACCAGUUUUUCUCUGUACAUAUAUCAGCUUCUCUCUCUCUCUCUCCCUCCAUAUCAGCUUCUCUCUCUCUCUUUCUCUCCGUACCAAUUUGGCUCUCUCUCUCUUCCUUUUCUCACCAACUUUUUCUCACUCGUUUUCCUUCUCUCACUCCCCUUUCCCCCUGUUUUCUAUCAUUUUGACACCCUUUUUUUCUCUUAAAGGGGGAUUCUCUUUCCUCCCACUUCUCCGGAUUUUCGGGUUAUCUCUCUCUCUCUCUCUCUCUCUCGGUCCCGCUGGGUUUCACACUCUUUCCCCGUUAGUCUAUCUCUCUCUCCCGGUUAGCUUUUCUCUCUCUCUCUCAGCUUUUCUCUCUCUCUCCCGGUUAGCUUUUCUCUCUCUCUCCCGCUUUUCUCUCUCUCUCACUUCUUUCUCUUGUCUCUCUCUCUCUCUCUCUCUCUCUCCUCUCUUUUCUCUCUCUCUCUCUAGCUUUUCUCUCUCUCUCUCUCUCUCCCGGUUAGCUUUCUUUCUCUCUCUCUCUCUCUCCCAGUUAGCUUUUCUCUCUCUCUCUCUCUCCCACUUUUCUCUCUCUCUCUCUCUCUCCCAGUUAGCUUUCUCUCUCUCUCUCUCUCUCCCAGUUCUUUUCUCUCUCUCUCUCUCUCUCCCAUUAGCUUUUUUCUCUCUCUCUCUCUCUCUCUCCCGGUUAGCUUUCUCUCUCUCUCUCUCUCUCUCCCAGUUAGCUUUUUCUCUCUCUCUCUCUCUCUCCCGGUUGCUUUUUCUCUCUCUCUCUCUCUCCCCGGUUAGCUUUUUCUCUCUCUCUCUCUCUCUCCCAGUUAGCUUUUUCUCUCUCUCUCUCUCUCUCCCAGUUAGCUUUCUCUCUCUCUCUCUCUCCCGGUUAGCUUUUUCUCUCUCUCUCUCUCUCUCCCAGUUAGCUUUCUCUCUCUCUCUCUCUCUCUCCCAGUUGACUUUUUCUCUCUCUCUCUCUCUCUCUCUCUCCCGCUUUUUUCUCUCUCUCUCUCUCUCUCCCGGUUUUUUUCUCUCUCUCUCUCUCUCUCUCCCGGUUAGCUUUUCUCUCUCUCUCUCUCUCUCUCCCACUUUUCUCUCUCUCUCUCUCUCUCUCCCGGUUAGCUUUUCUCUCUCUCUCUCUCUCUCUCCCAGUUGCUUUUCUCUCUCUCUCUCUCUCUCCCGGUUAGCUUUUCUCUCUCUCUCUCUCUCUCUCCCAGUUAGCUUUUCUCUCUCUCUCUCUCUCUCCCAGUUAGCUUUUCUCUCUCUCUCUCUCUCUCUCCCGGUUAGCUUUUCUCUCUCUCUCUCUCUCUCCCGGUUAGCUUUUCUCUCUCUCUCUCUCUCUCUCCCGGUUAGCUUUUCUCUCUCUCUCUCUCUCUCUCCCGUUAGCUUUUCUCUCUCUCUCUCUCUCUCCCAGUUGGCUUUUUCUCUCUCUCUCUCUCUCUCCCAGUUAGCUUUUUCUCUCUCUCUCUCUCUCUCUCUCUCUCGGUUCUUUUCUCUCUCUCUCUCCCGGUUAGCUUUUCUCUCUCUCUCUCUCUCUCUCUCUUUUCUCUCUCUCUCGUUAGCUUUUUCUCUCUCUCUCUCUCUCGCUCUCUCUUUCACUCUCUCGGUUAGCUUUUCUCGCUCUCUCUCUCUCUCGCUCUCUCUUUCACUCUCUCGGUUAGCUUUUCUCGCUCUCUCUCUCUCUUUCACUCUCUCGCUUUUCUCUCUCUCUCUCUCUCUUUCCCGGUUAGCUUUUCUCUCUCUUUCUUUCUCUCUCCCCACUUCCCUUCUUUGGGUUUUUUUCUCUCUCCUGAUACUUCUCUUUGGUCUUCUGUAUCUCACCUUUCUUUCCCACUCUCUCUGGAUUCUUUAUUUCUCAUUCUUUUCGUUUUUUGACAUCAGAACAAUAUUUAAAAAAAAGUUGUCUUUCUUUCUCAACACGGAUAAAAAAAGAUUCUUCAGUAAAGAAACAUCUUGGGAUAACUCUUUCCUCUUUCUUUCUUUUCCUCUUUCUUUCUUUUCCUCUUUCUUUCUUUUCCUCUUUCUUUCUUUUCCUCUUUCUUUCUUUUCCUCUUUCUUUCUUUUCCUCUUUCUUUCUUUUCCUCUUUCUUUCUUUUCCUCUUUCUUUUUCUUUCCUCUUUCUUUCUUUUCCUCUCCUUCUUUUCUUUCCUCUUUCUUUCUUCCUUUCUCUCCCUUUUCUAUCCAUUCUCUCCCCAUCUCUCCUCUCACCUUUCUCUCUCUCUCCUCACCUUUCUCUCCCCAUCUCUCUCCUCACCUUUUCUCCCCAUCUCUCUCCUCCACCUUUCUCUCCCCAUCUCUCUCCUCACCUUUUUCUCCCCAUCUCUCUCUCCUUUUUCUCCCCAUCUCUCUCUCUCUCCCCUCACCUUUCUCUCCCCAUCUCUCUCCUCCACCUUUCUCUCCCCAUCUCUCUCCUCACCUUUCUCUCCCCAUCUCUCUCCUCACCUUUCUCUCCCCAUCUCUCUCCUCACCUUUCUCUCCCCAUCUCUCUCCUCACCUUUCUCUCCCCAUCUCUCUCCUCACCUUUCUCUCCCCAUCUCUCUCCUCACCUUUCUCCCCAUCUCUCUCCCCACCUUUCUCUCCCCAUCUCUCUUGUCUUUCUCUCUCUCCCCAUCUCUCUUGUCUUUCUCUCUCUCCCCAUCUCUCUUGUCUUUCUCUCUCUCCCCAUCUCUCUUGUCUUCUCUCUCUCCCCAUCUCUCUUGUCUUUCUCUCUCUCCCCCCCAUCUCUCUGUCUUCUCUCCCCAUCUCUCUUGUCUUUCUCUCUCUCCCUCCCCAUCUCUCUUGUCUUUCUCUCUCUCCUCCCCAUCUCUCUUGUCUUUUUCUCUCUCCCUCCCCAUCUCUCUUGUCUUUUCUCUCUCCCUCCCCAUCUCUCUUGUCUUUCUCUCUCUCUCUCCCCAUCUCUUGUCUUUUCUCUCUCUCUCCCCAUCUCUCUUGUCUUUCUCUCUCUCUCCCCAUCUCUCUUGUCUUUUCUCUCUCCCUCCCAUCUCUCUCUUGUCUUUCUCUCUCUCUCUCCCCAUCUCUCUUGUCUUUCUCUCUCUCUCUCUCCCCAUCUCUCUUGUCUUUCUCUCUCUCUCUCCCCAUCUCUCUUGUCUUUCUCUCUCUCUCUCCCCAUCUCUCUUGUCUUUCUCUCUCUCUCUCUCCCCAUCUCUCUUGUCUUUCUCUCUCUCUCUCUCCCCAUCUCUCUUGUCUUUCUCUCUCUCCCCAUCUCUCUUGUCUUUCUCUCUGUGUCCCUCCCCUUUUUGUUUCUUAUCUUCUCUUUUCUCCUCUUCUUCCCCGACUUACUCCGUCGUUUGUUUUUUCUUCUUCUUUUCCCCCGGGUUCCGUCGUUUUUUCUUCUCCCCCCCGACUCCGUCGUUUUUUUCUUCUUUUUAUCCCUCGACUCCGUUGCUUUUUUCUUCUUUUUUCCUCCCGACUCCGUCGGCUUUUUCCCCGAUUCCGUCGUUUUUUUCUCCUUUUCCCCCCGAUUCCGUCGUUUUUUUUUUUCUCCUUUUCCCCUGAUUCCGUCCUUUUUUUCUCCCUUUUCCCCCCGACUCCGUCUUUUUUUCUCCUUUUCCCCCCGACUCCGUCCUUUUUUCUCCCUUUUCCCCCGACUCCGUCCUUUUUUUUCCCUUUUCCCCCCCGACUCCGUCCCUUUUUUAUCUCUUUUCCUCCCUCGCCCCUCCUUUUUUUUUCUCCCUUUUCCUCCCUCGCCCCUCCUUUUUUCUCCUUUUCCUCCCUCGCCCCUCGCUUUUUUCUCCCUUUUCCUCCCUCGCCCCUCCUUUUUUUCUCCUUUUCCUCCCUCGCCCCUCGCUUUUUCUCUCCCUUUUCCUCCCUCGCCCCUCGCUUUUUUCUCCCUUUUCCUCCCUCGACCCUCGCUUUUUUCUCCCUUUUCUCUCCAGACCCGUCCUUUGUUGUUCCUUUUCCUCCAGACUCGUCCUUUUUUUGUUCUUUUUACCCCCGACUCCGUCGUUUUUCACCCUUUUCCCCCCCGACUCCGUCGUUUUUCACCUUUUUCCCCCCCGACUCCGUCGUUUUUUUUUUUUUCCCCCUGACUCCGUCGUUUUUUUCUUUCUCGUUUCCCCCCGGACUCCGUCGUUUUUUCUCAGACUCCAUCGUUUUUUUCCUUCUCCCCCCAUCGUUUUUCGUUUUUUUCUCCCCCAUCGUUUUUCUUUCUCCCCCUGACUCCCUCCGUCUUUUUUUCUUCUCCCCUGACUCCGUCCUUUUUUCUCCCCCCCUGACUCCGUUUUUUUUUCUUCUCCCCCUGACUCCGUCGUUUUUUUUCUUCUCCCCCUGCCUCCGUUUUUUUCUUCUCCCCCGAUUCUGUCAUCUUUUUCCUUCUUCCACCACAACUCUGUCGUCUUUUCUUUCUUCCCCACUCUGUCGUCUUUUCUUUCUUCCCCACUCUGUCGUCUUUUCUUUCUUCCCCACUCUGUCGUCUUUUCUUUCUUCCCCACUCGGUCGUCUUUUCUUUCUUCCCCACUCGGUCGUCUUUUCUUUCUUCCCCACUCGGUCGUCUUUUCUUUCUUCCCCACUCGGUCGUCUUUUCUUUCUUCCCCACUCGGUCGUCUUUUCUUUCUUCCCCACUCUGUCUCCUUUGUUUUUCUUUCUUCCCCACUCUGUCUCCUUUGUUUUUCUUUCUUCCCCACUCUGUCUCCUUUGUUUUUCUUUCUUUCGCCUCUUUUUUUUUCUUUCUUUCUUUUUUUUUUUCCUUUCUUUCUCCUUUUUUUUCUUUCUUUCGCCUCUUUUUUUUUUUUCUUUUUUUUCUUUUUUUUUUUUCUUUCUUUCGCCUUUUUUUUUUUUUCUUUCGCCUCUUUUUUUUUUCUUUCUUUUUUUUUCUUUUUUUUUUUUUUUUUUUUCGCCUCUUUUUUUUCUUUCUUUCGCCUCUUUCUUUCUUUCGCCUCUUUCUUUCUUUCGCCUCUUUCUUUCUUUCGCCUUUUUCUUUCUUUCGCCUCUUUUUUUUUUUCUUUCUUUCGCCUCUUUUUUUUUUUCUUUCUUUCGCCUCUUUUUUUUUUUCUUUCUUUCGCCUCUUUUUUUUUCUUUCUUUCGCCUCUUUUUUUUUUUCUUUCUUUCGCCUAUUUUUUUUUUUCUUUCUUUCGCCUCUUUUUUUUUUCUUUCUUUCGCCUUUUUUUUUUCUUUCUUUCGCCUUUUUUUUUUUCUUUCUUCGCCUUUUUUUUUUUUUUCUUUCGCCUCUUUUUUUUCUUUCUUUCGCCUCUUUUUUUUUUUCUUUCUUUCGCCUCUUUUUUUUUUUCUUUCUUUCGCCUCUUUUUUUUUUUCUUUCUUUCUCUUCCCCUGCCUGUCUGUUUCAUCUAUUCACAUCUCUCUCUCUCUCUCUUGUCUAUUCAGACCUCACCCUCUCUCGUCUAUUCAGACCUCUCUCUCUCUCUCUUGUCUAUUCAGACCUCUCUCUCUCUCUUGUCUAUUUAGACCUCUCUCUCUCUCUCUUGUCUAUUCAGAACUCUCUCUCUCUCUCUCUUGUCUAUUCAGAACUCUCUCUCUCUCUUGUCUAUUCAGACCUCUCUCUCUCUCGUCUAUUCAGACCUCUCUCUCUCUCGUCUAUUCAGACCUCUCUCUCUCUUGUCUAUUCAGACCUCUCUCUCUCUCUCUCUUGUCUAUUCAGAAUCUUAUCACUCUCUCUCUUCCCACUCUCUCUCUUCCCACUCCUUCCUCUGACUUCCUGUGUCUCAACCCUUGCCCCCUCUCUGUCUUGAAUCUGACCCUAUCUCUGUCUUUCUCUCUCUCUAUUCAGACAUCCUCCCUCUCUCUAUUCAGACAUCCUCCCUCUCUCUAUUCAGACAUCCUCCCUCUCUCUAUUCAGACAUCCUCCCUCUCUCUACUCAGACAUCCUCCCUCACUCUCUUUCUUGUCUAUUCAGACCCCUCUCUCUUUCUUGUCUAUUCAGACCCCUCUCUCUUUCUUGUCUAUUCAGACCCCUCUCUCUUUCUUGUCUAUUCAGACCCCUCUCUCUUUCUUGUCUAUUCAGACCCCUCUCUCUUUCUUGUCUAUUCAGACCCCUCUCUCUUUCUUGUCUAUUCAGACCCCUCUCUCUUUCUUGUCUAUUCAGACCCCUCUCUCUUUCUUGUCUAUUCAGACCCCUCUCUCUUUCUUGUCUAUUCAGACCCCUCUCCUCUCUGUCUCUCUCUCUCUCUCUCUCUCUUCAGACCUCUCCCCUCUCUCUCUCUCUCUCUCUCCUCUAUUCAGACCUCCCCCCUCUCUCUCUCUCUCUAUUCUCCUCUAUUCAGACCUCUCCCUCUAUUCUACCUCUCUCUCUCUCUCUCCUCUAUUCAGACCUCUCCCUCUCUACUCUCUCUCUCUCCUCUAUUCAGACCUCUCCCUCUCUACUCUCUCUCUGCCUUGA